AUGACUGGCUCACUCGUCGCCAUGGCAACAGCAAGCGUUCUGCCCCACGGAGCAAUGACAGCGAAGAAGAAAACACACGAAAAAAGCAUCGACGAUCUAUCAAUUGACAGCGAUGGUGACUUUAAAUAUGAAGAAGAUCAUCUGGAAGGUGAAUGUAGUUUAACAGAGGGGGAAGAAGAUCCGGAAGCCGAGGUAAAAGCCGACAUCCAGGUCCGGACCAAUGCCCCAGCUCCAACAAGAGUCAACACAGAAAACACGAGGAAACCGACGACUGUGUUGACUUUUAUACGCAAUUAUCUCUCUCAAAUGGGAAUGGAAAAAACAUUAGACUGUUUCCAAACUGAGUGGACCGAGGUGACAGAGAAAGGCCUGGUGGAUCCAGAGCAGGUCAGCCCAGUGCCAGAUGUGUAUAUUGAAAACCAGCACUUGGAGAACCAGCUGAUGAACGCCCGGCGGGAGAGAGAGGAGUACCGACAAGCCGCCGCCGCUUCAGCCGAAACACUGCUGAGGGCCCAAAAACUCAGAGACGUCCACCGGCUGCAGCACAAGCGCGUGGUCCAGGAGAAAAACAGGCUCAUCGAGGAGCUGAGGAGGCUCCAACUGCAGUGCAGCAACAACACACCUGCAGUCCUCCGGAUGAAGGAGAAAUGCCAAGUGGCUUUAAAGCAGGUCAUGCAGGUGGCUUCAGAGAGAGACAAAGCUUUGGGACAGAUGGACAGUCAGUCUCCUCAGGGUGUUGGUGCAGAGGAGCCCAGUAUCAAACAAUCAGCCGCUUCCCUCAUCCAGCCAAGACCUCCAACAGGCCCUGGAAGGCAGUCUAAAGGGCGAUCAGUAAAACCAACAACUCCUUGA